AUGUCUAAUAUAAAUCCUUAUAAAUUCUGCACGGAUGACAUUGUAGACGAAAGUUCGGUAUAUACCGAGGAUUCAGGCACUCUUGUUUGGUGCAUUCGUCACAUUAAACGAAUCUCAACCCUGAACAAUUUUUUUUAUUCAACCAAUGAUUUAGCAUCUGAAUAUUUCUCAUUGAUAUCAAGAGAAACAAAUUUAGAUAUUCUAUCAUCAUCACUAUGUGAUCUAGUAGGGCUAGACGAAUUAGAAUUCAUUGCACAAUCCGUAAAAUUUCAUACUUCUAUAAAAAAUGAAUGGGAACAUAAAAAAAAUGAAAUUAAGAAUGAUUGUUCCCUAGAUGACAAAACAGCUUUUGAUCUCUUAAUAGACCUAAUUACACAAGAUGAUUAUUUUGAGCUUAAUUUCGACCCUAAAACACUUUCCAAUCCUACAUAUAAACAUUUUUCUUCCACAUCAUUAGGAGAAUUUAUACGUGAGGAUAACAAGUAUUUUGAAAAAUAUCUUUUCCCCUUAAAGCCUAGAGAGAAUAAAAAUUUCCCUUUGGUGAAAAUAUCCGAUAUGCCAGAAUGGACCAGACCUUGUUUUUCUCAAUUUGAAUAUCUAAAUGCGGUGCAGUCUAGGGUUUUUAAUUGUGCAUUUGAAACCAAUGAAAAUCUCUUAGUCUGCGCGCCUACUGGUUGCGGGAAAACAAAUAUCGCAUUGCUAUGCAUCCUACAACAGAUAAAACAUCAUAUAUCAACCAAAGAUAUACGGAGUAAUGCAUCUAUUUUUAGUGAUAUAAUAGUUUAUAUUUCUCCAAUGAAGGCACUAGCAUCUGAAAUCGUUCAAAAAUUUACAGUUCUUACAAUCUCAUAUGGUGUUAUUGUAAAAGAAGUUACUGGAGAUUUUCAAACUAGUAAAAACGAUUUGGAAAAUUUGAAUAUAAUGGUUACAACUCCUGAAAAAUUUGAUAUCAUAAUAAGAAAUCUUCCUUAUGAUGAUCCCUUCAUUAUGAGGGUCAAAUGCGUCAUUUUCGAUGAAAUCCAUUUACUUAAUGAUGACAGAGGUCCGGUGUUAGAAUCUAUAGUGGCAAGUUUGUUACAUAUGAUGGAAUCAUCUCGGAUGUAUGCAAGGUUAAUUGGGAUAUCAGCCACAUUACCUAACUGGGAGGAUGUAGGAACAUUUCUUAGGGCUCCUAAAAAAAAUUUAUUUUAUUUCGAUGAGAGUUAUCGCCCAGUUCCAUUGGAGCAACUAUUUUACGGAGUAAAAUCGGUUGGUAACCAACAUAAUAAUACUGUUGAGCAUACAAUGCAUGAUAUAACCCUAACCCAUGUAAUAGAAAGCCUUUCAAAUGGACAUCAAUGCAUGGUUUUUGUUAGUGGAAGAAGAGAAACUAUAUCUAGCGCUCGUGAAUUGAUUAAUCGAGCUGAUAUAAAAUCAUUUGGAAGUUAUUUAGCUAGGGUAGAAGAUUCAUCAAAAUAUAUAAAACCUUUAUCGAAAACAAAUCCUAUACUUUCCGAGUUAUUCGAACGUGGAUUAUCUAUUCAUCAUGCUGGUAUGUCUAGGCCAGAACGUGAAUUAGUAGAAAAUAUGUUUAGGGAAGGCGCAAUUAAAGUUUUGUUUUGCACGUCCACACUGGCUUGGGGUGUUAACCUACCUGCGCAUACUGUAAUAAUAAAAGGAACAAUGAUACAUGGAUGCCAAAGGGAUUUAACAUUUUUAGAAUUAACUCAAAUAAUGGGUAGAGCCGGAAGACCGCAGUAUGAUACUAGUGGACAAACAGUUUUAAUAACUGAACAUAAUAAACUAAAAAUGUAUUUACAAUGGCAAAGAAAUUCUAUACCAAUAGAAUCAAAGAUGCUUUUACAUCUUGAAAAUGCUUUAAUUGGAGAAAUAUCAAAUGGCACAAUUACCACAAUACAAGAUUCAUUAAAUUGGGCGUCAAAUACAUUUUUACAUUUAAGAUUAUCCAAGAAUCCCUUGGCAUAUGGCGCCGGCGGUAAGAAUGUUUUGGAUAGUAUGAAAUCAUUUAUUAAAAUCUCAUUAAAUAAUUUAAAAAAACGCCAUAUGAUAAUUAUAAAUGAAUCAGAAUUUUUGAUUUCCACUGAGCUCGGAAAAAUCGUAUCCAAAUUCUAUCUUGACUAUGAAACGGGUUAUGAUUAUCUCCAAUCUCUAAAUGAGCUUAAAGAGGACUUAGAUUAUGGAAUAUUGCGAAUAUUUGGCCAAUCUCGUGAAUUUAAUUCAUUAUUUUUUCGGCAAGAAGAUGUUGAAAACCUUGAAUAUUUGUCCAAACGUCUUCCCAUUUUUAGAUCCAAUUGGCUUGAUGAUACAUUUGGCAAGGUCUCUAUUUUAGUAUUAUGUUAUAUUUCAAAUAUACCCGUAUAUGGCUCGCUGCGAGGAGAUAUAACUACAAUUAUCGACAGUGCGACCAGACUUUUUCGAGCCAUGUUCAUGAUAGCAAAUAGUGGAUGUGAUAAACUUUUAUCAUCGGAUAACAUGUUGUCUAAUGACUCUAAAAUAGAAUUAUCUUUAUGCAUAUCUAGAUGGGAGAUUAUGUUUAGAAGGAGGAUUUGGAUAGAUUCAGGUUACAGUCAUCCAUCUAGUAGGAAUAUUUUGUUACAACUUACUAAUAAAUAUGACCCAAUUAAAGGAACGACCACACACUCUAAAAUUAUUACUGAAUCUGUUAUAAAUAAAAUUUCUGAAGAAGUUGGACCUUACGAACUCAUUAAAAUGCCAAUAAGUUCUUUAUCAACCUUUGUUAACACUCUGUCCCAGGCCAAAUCACUUAAAAGUUUGUUAAAUCACAUCCCUUUCUUUUCAAUAAGAAUACAAGUCCAACCUUUGACAUUAAAUCUAAUUAAGAUUACUGUAUAUGGCGAAUUACAUAAUAAUUUUAUUUGGAAUAUCGAUUGGAAUGGUUGUCAUGAAGAUAUCAAUAUAUGGGUAUCCAUGAAUAGAUAUUCAAACACAUUCACUACUGCAUAUUUUUCUGAGAGUGAAAGAAAGUUUAUUCGUCAAAUUUACAUGAAAGGCUUAGCUAAUGAAUUAGAUAUCCGAGCUUACGCUUCAUCAAUAAAUUGGAUCGGAGUUUUUUCAGAAUUUAGGGUUAAUUUACCGGGAUAUGUUAUAGGCGAUGAAACUAUUCAAUUUCCAUUAUCAUCUAUAAUUCCACUUCGAAUUGAAGAUAUUGAUAUUAAUUUGAAGAAAUUAUACGAAUUUUCGUAUCUAAAUUUGCUCCAAACUAUUGUUUUCCACAAAGUAUAUCACACCGAUGAUACAAUUCUAAUUGGCGCUCCUACAGGCAGCGGAAAAACACUUAUAGCUGAAUUAAGCAUUUUGAGAUUAUUGAAAAAUAGCCCUGGCUCUAAAGUUGUAUAUUUGGUAGGCUUAAAGGAUAUUGGGACUGAAAGAUACCAUGAUUGGCGAAAUAAAUUUAAAGAAUUUUCAUUUAAAGUAUCAUAUUUGAAUUCAUAUUUUCUAAGCACCCACGAUAUUUUUGAACCAGAUGUAAUUAUAUCUACCCCCGAAAAAUGGGAUGCAUUAUCUAGAAGAAAUAUGCAUUAUUUGUCAGACCACAUUAAACUUAUUAUUUUAGAUGAAAUUUGCCUUAUGAGUAGUAAAAAAGGAGCCGCUCUUGAAGCUAUAAUUAAUAGAUUCAAAUCAAUUCAGGUUCGUAUUUUAGGUCUAUCAACCACAUUAGCCAAUCCAGAAUGCGUAUCAAAAUGGUUAGGAGAUGCUAAAAUAUUUAAUUUUUCAUCUUCAUCGAAACAAGUUCCGUGUAAAAUUUUUGUUAAUAGUUUCCCAGACAAGACGUACUACACCUCACUUCAGAAUAACAUGAAUGUAUUCGCCUUUAAAACGUUAUGUAAUUAUUCUUUAAAUGAUCCAUCCAUCAUAUUUGUUUUAUCUAGAGACCAAACUAUUUCAACGGCCCAAAACAUCGCAAAUUUAUCAAUAGCGUCCAACAUUUCAUUUUUGGGCCCAUCCGUUGAAAAAUCAAAACUGGAUGACAUAUGUAAAUCAUUAGAAGAUAGUAAUCUAGCUGAAUUAAUACACCAAGGCAUCGCAUAUUAUUAUAAUGAGAUGAGUGCAUACGAUAAACGUAUAGUUGAAGAUUUAUUUUUACGCCAAUGGAUUUAUAUAUUGGUUUGUACAUCUAAGCUGGCAUGGAAUAUAAAUUUACCAUCAAAGAUUAUCAUAAUUAAGGGAACAAAAAUUUAUGGCAAAAAAAUCAAAGGGCAUACCGAUUAUUCAAUAACUGAUAUUAUGCAGGCAAUACAAUAUUUUUUAUUUAGAUGGUUGGAAGAGCUGGACGCCAUCGCAUUUAUAUUGGUUGAAGAAUCUAAAGCAGAUUUAAUCAAAUCAUCUAUAUAUUCUCCACUUCCAAUUGAAAGCUGCCUAGAAGACACGCUGAUUGAACACAUAAAUGCUGAAAUUUCAAAUAAAACUAUCGCAACAAAAAUAGACUUUCUAUCAUAUAUUUCAAACACAUUUUUCUAUAGGAGGUUAAUAAAAAACCCUCUUUACUAUAUGGACAUAAAUUCAAAAUCAUUAAGGCGCAAGGGAAUCACUUCAAAUUUAGAAAUGACUGAAAAUUACCAUAAUAUCAAAUCUACCAAUGAAAUCAUUUUAAAAUUCAUCAAUUCUCUUUUAGAAGAAACAAUUUCAAGUUUAAAUACGUUAGGAUGCAUUAAGAUUCAAUCUUCAUCUGAAAUUGACGAGUUCGUUCUUGAUCAUGGAUUAGAAUUUAUUUCUGAUAUUUCUACAUCAUUAUAUACCCCUACUCUAUUGGGAACAAUUGCAUCAUGUUAUUAUAUUUCAUGCAGCACAGCUCAUAUGUUCAAAUCAAAAUUGAAUUCUGAACAAGAAUUAGACUUCUACCAACUAUUAAAUCUAAUUUCUGGUUCGCAGGAAUUUAAAAAUAUCCCUAUUCGCCACAAUGAAGACUUUUACAAUAUGAAACUUUCAUCAAUGUGCCCAGUUCCUAUUGAUGAAUCAGAAGCAUCUUCACCUCACUCUAAGACAUUUUUGCUACUCCAAGCAAUAAUGUGGAAACUUCCUCUCCCAAUUAUAGAUUAUAAAACAGAUAUUAAAACUAUUUUGGAUAGGGCUACGGUGAUAAUACAUGCUUUCAUAGACAUUGCUGCAGUUAAAAGAAGACUCUCCACAGUGUUAUAUCUUAUACUUAUAAUGCAGUGCCUAAUAAAUCAUUUGAAUCCAGGCGACAUUAAUUCUUUGAUUAUAAAAAAAAAGAACUUUAAAUAUAUAAAUAUUGAAGUUUCUUUAUCACCAUUAGGAUCGAAUUCAUCUGUUAUACCAAGGUCAUUUGGAGAUGCAACAUACAUUUAUGAUAUAAAGGAAUACUCUAAUUUCCAAAUUAGAGUAAAGCUGACAUCAGGAUAUGCACAAGGCUACUACUAUGUUAUCAUUGCUAAUGAAAUAUCCGGUUUAAUAUAUGGAUUGAAGAAAAUUACAAUUAGAAAGUGCUCGAUUGUCAGUUUUCGACUUUCAUUGGAUUUCAAUACAUCACUGAAGGUAAUAGUAUCAAGUGCAUUGCAUGUUGCAAGAGAUCAAGAGUUGUCGUUGAUAUUCAAUAAUAUCUGA